AUGAAGGAGAAUGCUGCGCAGGCCCAACCUGCGGAAAUGCUGUUCUGGGAUAUUGGGCAUGCAGGGGAGAUGACCAUAGGAAGAACGUACCCUAGCAGGUUACAUGAUAUCCAAGAUUCUCCUACCGUCCCUGACCAGUCUCUUAAUCCGCCCAGCCGUACAGCCGAUAGAGCUCCAGUAGAGAUGGGCCUGUCGCAAGGACAGGACAUGACUACCUGGCCAAGUCUUCCCGCAGAGGAGACUGACCCUCUUCCAAAAGUGGACAGCCCCGAUAACCUAAUGCCGACCUCACUUGCUUCUCCUUACCUACCGUCCGAAGAAAAUGGUAUGAACAUCUCAGAAAUGCUGAGCUUUAACUUCCAUUCGGGGCCAGUCUCCCAACCUACAUCCUUCGUUCGACCUGCGCUAGAUGUUCCGGAUUACGAAUUUAAGCAGGCGGAUGGCGAGAGCUGCUCCGGAUCGUCUCCAGUUGAUGUGGGAGUCGCGGGCGUUGAUGAAUGCCCCACCGCUAGCCCGUCAGAUUCAUUCGGAGCCCUAUCGCCUUACUCACUUGAUACGAGUUUGUUCGCAUCUGGGACACCCCAAAACUUGGAGGACACUCCAGACGGCUCUUUGGCUGGUAUACUGGAUGGCUCUCCUGGCGUUAGCUAUAGCAAGAUGAAACAUAGCAGGUCGAAUUCUUUCUUUGCUCGCAACGGUCGACGUACAUAUGACGAGCUUGGCAGCCUCACAAGUUCCGAGAAGUGGCAGGCUUAUCUCACCAGUGUAAUGGACCACUACGGUAUGGAUUGCGGUCGUCCGGACGCGGAUCUAGGAAACAAUGAUGAUCACUCGGCAAUUGAUAUUAGCGAUGCCCUGGAGACCAUUCAGUUACGAAAUGCGAGCAAUGUGUCCAGCCCGGGAACGUUGAUGACGGGACAAGAGCGUGAGCAGUGUGACCGCAAGUACAACUACUAUGGGUCACCUGUGGCCAUCAACAUACCUCGAUAUCUAUCGCCGCUUCCGAACUCUUUAUUGAAGAAUCCCAUCAACAUGAUGUACUUUCACCAUUUCCUCAACCACACUGCAAAGGUUCUGGUGCCUCAUGACUGUGAAGAUAAUCCUUUUAGCUCAGUUCUGCCUUCCAUGGCAAUCUGCGAUGAAAAUCUUCUUAACUUGAUGCUUGCCUACUCGGCAAGCCACCGGGCAAGGUUUCUAGGCCAUCCGGAGCCGGCAAAUCGAAUUGCGCACUGGGUGAGCAAUGUUUUCCCGUCUCUGCGCGUAGCCCUCGAGGAGAACGAGAAAAUCACCGACAGUCAUCUUGCAACUGCAAUCAUGCUGCUCUCGCUGAAGAUAGUCUCUCCGAGCACUUUCGAGGUACCAAUACCAUGGCAAAGCCACCUCAAACUAGCCCGCGACCUGUUUCUAGCUCGUCAAGCAGAGAUCGCUUACCCUGGCAACCGCGCCGGAGCAUUCCUCACACGCUGGCUUGGAUAUCUGGACAUAAUAGGCGCGCUUUCGUGCCGGCACCACCAACCGCCCCUCCUGGCGUACUAUUCUGUCUUGAAUACUUGCACGGCGGCUGAAGACUGGGACGAAUUUGCGGUGGACUGUUUUACUGGAUUUACACCUCGGACUGGUCUGUUCUUGAUGAAGCUUGGGGGCUUGGUUAAUCACUGUGACAAUGAGCGAUUUGGCGAAAUGGGUGCCUUCUUACCCGAAUGGCAACCCUCGACAAAUUUAGUCCAGCAAGCUGAGGAGUUGCUGUUGGACUGGGAGACCCUUGAUGCUCACGCCUACGCUUAUGAAAGGCACUAUCGAGACUCAGAGUCUUCCGAUAUGAUUGCCGUCGAUCAUGCGUUCCGAUAUGCUGGCUUGCUACAUCUUCACCGUAGGGUCUUAGGCAGUUCGUCUGACUCUCCGGCGGUUACCGAAGCCUUGAAUGGCUUGAUGCAGUCGGUAGCCGCAAUUCGUUCUGGCUCAACCGUGGAAGCAGGCGUGUUAUUUCCGAUAUUCACGGCAGGAUGCGAAACUCAAGAUACCGAGCAAAGGAUUGAGAUCAAGGAGCGGUUAGAGGUUCUGGAGGGGACUGGAAUGAAGCAGAUUCACAAUGCCCGUACGUUGAUGCAGACAUCUUGGGAUACGAAGUUGCCGUGGAUCGCUCUUGCGCAGGGAGAGUUCAUUGGGUAG